UACUUGUUAUGGUUAACCUUAUCAUUACAGUUUCAGUUAAAUCCGACAAAAAACCAGGGACAGUUGAGAACAAAUUAGAAAGUAGUUUAACACCCUACAAAAGCUCUGAUUACAAGGAUCUUGGUUAUUGACACGUGCCUUUGCCUUUUUUUUAAAUUCAUAUGAAAUCUCAAGCCUUAUUAUAUCAGUUUCUUUUCUCACUUUACCCUGUUCUUUCCAUCAAAAAGGAAGAUUUACUGGUUAACUUGAAAGGAAAUUUAAUAAAAAUGGAAGAUGAAUUUUCUGAUGCCUAUAGUGAAACAUUUCCGGCUGCCGGUGCUAACGCCGAGCUGAAUCCCGGCCACGACAAGGACUUCAAGGAGGUUUCCUUGUCAAGUGAGAAUAAUGCUUCCCGAGAUAUCAAGGGAGGAGCUGAGCCACCACAAAAGAAAAAGGGAAGGCAAAACUCCAUGCAGACGCUGAAAAAAGCCGUGUUAAUUUCGACUGUGGCAGUGGCAGUGGCCGGAGUAGUCAUUGCCAUAACCAAGAAACUUAAAGAGAAGUGAACAUAUAUUUAUACAUAUACAUGGUUGCAGGAUGAUGCAGCUAGCCAAAAGAGUGUUAAAAUCUAGCAAAUUCAAUAUUAUUUUUUUCUGAUCUCAAGUUAUUUGUUUUAGAUUUUUUUGCCC